UUGUCAGUACUUCUAUUCCUUGUUUGACAUUUUCUGGUGAUUCAGAAUUUGCGUUGUCAGUUUCCUAAAAUUUUGUUUUUGCAAUUUUGCAAGUGCAUUGUUUAUUGUGUGAUGUUUUAUUAUUCUGAGAUCUAAUGUGACGAUAUCAAAAUGGUCGGAAAUUUCGAAAAUAUUGGUUCUUUUAUACGCAACUGCAAUGGAAUCAAAUUGAAAUACGACCAAGCUUGUUUGGAGAUUGUAACAAAUGAAACUGUUUCGUUUUGGAGCCAAUAUGAGGAGUGUGAGGAUUGCAUGUUACUGGAGACAGAGAAAAUACCAUUUACAAAGGCUAUAGUGCUAAACACGAUAAGUCCUCUGCGUUAUGCUAUAAGAAAUCGAAACGGACAAAUUUGCAACGGAACAUAUGAAUUCGGUGAGUUCGGCCAGUACAGCAUCAACGUGACUGAUGUGACCAAGGAUGAGUGUCUUCCACGUAUGACAGCUGAGCCUGAUGCUGCUUACUUACCGUUACUGACAGCGGUUGUAGUACUACUGUCUAUGGCGACGCUGUGGUAUAUCGUGAAGGGUAUAGGCAAGCGUGUCGUUGCUGGAAGGUUUUAUGCCAGAUAUUUUGCAAGAGAAGACAACGAGCUAGGUUCUGAAACUCGCGUCCUGACGACGGAAGCCAGCGUUCCUCGAUCACCGACUAGGUCGCGCUUGCGAUCGCUCGAUAUAUUCAGGGGAUUCGCCAUUGCUCUCAUGAUCUUCGUAAAUGCUGGCGGCGGUGGAUAUGGCGUUUUCUCCCAUUCUACAUGGAACGGUUUGACUGUGGCCGAUGUGGUUUUCCCAUGGUUCGCGUUCGCCAUGGGCGAAGCUUUGGUGUUAUCUCUUAACGCAAGACUUAGGACUUCCAUGCCGCGAUUGACUGCUUUCGCACAGGUCGCUCGUAGAUCCCUAUUACUAUCCCUGAUAGGCAUCUGCCUCAGCUCAGUGGGUGUAUCUUGGUACAAUGUCAGGUUCCCUGGAGUGUUGCAACGCCUGGCAGCAAUGUACUUUAUUGUUGGUUCGCUUGAGUGUGCCUUUAUGAGGACCAGUCAGAAUAUUACACCAGGUCGUUCCCUGUUCCGUGACAUAGCCGCUGGCUGGCAACAGUUGCUAGCGACAAUCCUCAUCGUUGCAAUACAGGUGACGAUAACCCUGACGGUAGCUGCACCAGGCUGUCCAGUUGGGUAUUCCGGCCCUGGGGGACUCCAUCGUACUGCAUUGGGAGAUUUCUCACUGCAAAACUGUACAGGAGGUAUCGCAGGGUAUAUUGAUAGAUUCAUCUUAGGUCAGUCUCACCUAUACAGUCACGGUACUUUCCGCAAGAUCUACCAGACUGUACUGCCCCAUGACCCCGAAGGUAUCCUGGGCAUACUGUCUGGAGUGUUAGUAGUUCAGGCCGGGGCACAUACUACUAGAAUCAUGCUGGCUUACAACCAUGCCAGAGCACGUAUAAUGCGUUGGAUAUUCUGGUCGAUAAUCUUCGGAGUCUCCGGUGGGGCUCUAUCAAUGUUCUCAAAGAACGGGGGGGUCAUGCCAAUCAAUAAGAACCUGUGGUCGCUCUCCUACUGCCUUGUAACAUCGUCUAUGGCACUCUUCAUACAAGCCGUUCUAUACUUCCUGGUUGAUUUGAAGACUAAGUGGGGAGGGCGGCCUUUAUACUAUGCUGGUCAAAACGCCCUUUUCCUGUACAUUGGUAGCGAGCUCCUCAAGAAACAUUUCCCGCUGUAUAUCCACAUGAUGGCUCCGACCCACUCAUCUUUACUGGCAUCCCACGCAUUAGCCGCUUUACUCUGGCUGGCUGUGGGGGUGGCAUUACACAGGCGAAGAGUCUUCAUCACCAUAUAAUACGGCCUAUAAAUGUAAUGACACUCAUCUGAAAGAAAGAAACUGCUGCUUUCAUCAACUGUUAUGAUGACAUUAGAAUAAAUUGGUCUAACGAACGACUAUUAUUGAUCGUUAGUUAAUUGAUAUUACUAUUAAAAAUAUAUUAUGUAAAAGUUUCUCCUUGGUGCUGUUUAGAGAAAGAAAAAAAAAAUGGUCCACUAAACAACAUUGAGUAAAAUCACCAAGUUACGUCUUUGUUAUAUUUGCAACUCAAAAUAAAUGGGUCUAUUGAAAUGAUUAGUAAACAUUAUUUCAUAAAGAUAUUGUGUAACAGUUUUUCUUUAGUGCUGUCUAAAUAAAUGGGGCACUUGUGAAAAUGGUCAAAUCUAAUUAGCUGUGUUAUCAUCAUUGAGUCAGUCUACCAAAUUACACCACACACAAUUAUUGUGAUGGAUGUUAUUUUAUUAAUAAUUCGUGUAAAUAGUUUCUCGUUAGUGCUCUUUAGGAAAAGGAUAGAAAAAAAAAUGGGGCACUUAUUGAAAAUGAUCAAAUCAUCAAAAAUGGUGUUACCAAAAUUUAAGUAAAAUUACCAAAUUACGCCUUGUUUAAAUUUACAACCCUAAGAGCCCGUUUCAUUAUAUAAUUAAUAAAGUACACGUUUUAGAUACAUGUUUGUGAAUAGCAAUAUCUGAUAAAUACAGUGAAAUUCGAUGCUGAAAAAUAAUAACACAAAAACUUUUAUUUUUUCGAUAUCGUCAUCCAUCAAAUAGUGUUGUUAUCCAUAACUGGCGAAACAGGCCUAAUUGAUAUUAAUUUAUUAGUAUUUCUUUUUUUUUAUAUUCGUAUAUAUUAAUAUUUCUUGAACUUUCUCGCUAGUGAUGUUUGGGGAAUGGGGCAUUUGCUGAAAUUUGUCAAAUCUUUAAAUAAAUUAAUGGAUGGUUUUUUUUUUUUGUUAUUGUCUCAAACGUACGACUGUAACGAACUGUUAAGAAUUAAAAAUAAGUCUAAUGCCUUGAAAUAACUCUCAUUUUAGCAUAACAACUUCCUUUUCGUUUUUAAAUUAACAGCAAAGGAUUAAAAUCGUUAUUGACUCCAUCCAGUUUGAAUAAUUGUUAUUUUUUUAACAAUAUUUAAUAUAUCCUGUUUGACCGGCUAUACACAUCAUUAUAAAUCAAUUACGCCUUUAUUGACCUAUUUAAUAUUGUUUUAGUUACUAACUUCAGUAGAUUUAGUUAAGUACAGAGAAUUAAUCUUUAUUCUCCAAUAAUAACACACCUUAACACAGUGAUUAACGUAAUAAUUUUGAGCCGAGACGAUCAAUUUGUUAAGAAUUACGACACAGAUGAACAGAGGACUUUAGUGUGUGAAGUGUGUGUCAGCUCCAAAACACAACUGGAGUUUUAAUCCUUAAAUGAUUACCAAUGAUAUUUAAAAAUAUAUUUACAUCUUUCUCGAACAUCGGGAUAUUGCGCGGUAAAACGUCGAUCAGGGCAGGCCGUGUCAGGUGUCACUGUUUAGUAUUACUCUUUCACUAUUUCACUCCUCAUAUUUUUUCAUACCACGGACCUCUUAUUGUCUCCUAAGUAAUAAAAAAAGAACGCAAAACAAGAGCCUUAAUAGAUUAUAAGGACAGUUUAAAUUGGUCGUCUCAACGUUGUAAAAUAGUUUUAAAUAAUUCUAUAAUAUUAAGUAAACUAUAAAUUGUUAUCAGAUGUUUAUUAGUAUUUAAAAAAAAUUGUACUCAUUUUAGGGUAAAAUUCCUAAGAAUAAAUAUUCUAUAAAUAAUUUGUGAGUGUCAAUUUAUAUGCAAUACACGAAAGUUUAUAAAUUAAGUUGUUGUUUUAAAUGCUACAUUGAAAAUACAUCAUUAUUCAUUUCAUAAUAAAGAUUUUAGUGGAAUUUUUA